UCUUUACCAAAAUCAUGGAGAGAGUGUUUAGCUUGCUUUACAAAGCUGCACGAGAAGGGAAUGUCACCACUUUACGACAACUUCUUGAACAAGACAGUUUGAUUCUCGAUAGGCUCAUCAUCAACAACAAUGGUUUCUCAGAGACUCCACUUCAUGUGGCGGCCAUGCUCGGCCAUGCAGAUUUUGUCCAGGAGAUCAUCACUCACAAGCUCGAACUCGCCAAGGAACUUGACAUUUGGCGCUCCACGCCACUCCACCUAGCGGUGGCGAAAGGCCACCUUGAGACAGUCAGAGUACUGCUUUCUACGGUUGAUCACGAGCUCAUGUCUUCUAUUUGGGAUGGAGAGGGGAGAAAUCCUCUCCACCUCGCGGCCAUGAGAGGGCGACUUGAUGUGCUGAGAGAGCUGCUCAAAGUGGCGCCCGAGGCUAUUUGGGUCAAUUUGAAGGAUCGAAGUGAGACUAUUUUGCAUGUUUGUGUGAGGCAUAAUCAGUUGGAAGCUUUGAAGUUUUUGGUGAAUAAUAUGGAUGAUUACCAGAUUGUGAAUGCCAAAGAUGAUUAUGGCAUGACUCUUUUGCAUUUGGCCGUCACUAAUAAGCAAAUUGAGACAGUGAAGUUUUUGCUUAUAAACACAAAAAUUGAAGUCAACGCAGUCAAUGCAAGCAAGUUCACUGCACUGGACAUCUUAGCACAGAGCCAAAGAAGUGAGAAAGACUUUGACAUCUUAGAGUCUCUUCAUUCAAUGGGAGCAUCACGAGCCACAGAUCAACCCUUACCUAUGGAUCAUCAGAAGCCUAUUAAAGCCACAACUCAUCAUCAUCAUGUUCAUCAAAAAGACAAAGCUACAACAAAGCCAAGAAACUGGCUAACCAGAAAGAGAGAAUCCCUAAUGGUGGUGGCAUCCCUUAUCGCCACCAUGGCUUUCCAAGCCGGAACAACUCCUCCCGGCGGUCUCUGGCAAGACAGUGGCUUCUCCUCCUCAAAAUUAUCAUCACCAGUUUCUGAUGAAAAUAUCAAUAAUGUCAUGUCAAUAGCCCACCCUCCAGCUUAUCACUUUGCAGGAGAGUCAAUAAUAAGUUACUACAAUCAUCAUUAUUACUAUCACAUUUACUUGCUUAGUAACACAGUUGGUUUUGUUGGAUCGUUGAGCAUAAUCCUACUACUAGUCACAGGCUUGCCUUUUUGCCGCAAAUUCUUGAUGUGGAUCUUAACAGUGGUUUUGUGGGUGACCAUAACAGCUAUGACCAUUACAUACAUCAUUGCUAUUUAUGUUGCUGCCCCAGGUAGUGAUUUUUGGACUACCUUUUAUGUGACACCCAUUUUAGUGAUCACCUGGGGUGGAGUCAUGUUGGUGAUUGCACUACUCCAUACUAGUCGUGUUUUCAUAAACUUGUUUCAAUGCUUUCGAAACUUUAUCAGAAGAAGAAGAAGACAAUACAACUGUACGGAUGUGGAAAGUUCGAUGUAAUAAUAUUGAGUGUUGCUAUAAGUGGAUCUUAAUAUUGGAUUGCACCAAUAGCGAUAUGUCACCUACUUGUAAUGUUGGACACCAAUGAUGCCCUUAGCAAUUCUCAAUAAUAUUGGUGCAGGAUUAUAUGUUAGUAAUUAAGUUAUAGUUGGAGUACUGUGGUCUUUGAGAUAAUAUAUUUAAGCUUUAGUUUAGAGCUUCUUAUUUUAUGUCUUUUAUAUGACUUAUGUACUUUUUUUCUC